GGGGGGGAGACUGCGUCCGUCUGUGUCUCUCUCCGUUCCUUUAGGUGUGUGUCUGAGCAGGUGCAGACCUGGAGCCGUGGUACUCGUACACUCAUUGGUUCCCCAUGGCCUCGUCCCAUGUGAUGAAGGACGGGCCCCCCCCGGGCCCCCCGCCCAAGAUGCAGCCCGCCAUGAUGAUGUUCUCCAGCAAGUACUGGUCCAGAAGGGGGAUGUCGCUCGACUCCGCCAUGUUCCAGCAGCAACGCCACACGGGCGGGCAGAUGUCUCGGCGUCAGUCCUUCUGUCCCAUUAAAGAGAAGCCGGACUCGGAGGGAGCAGCAGAGGAUUCUGGGAAAACGGCGGUGAUCUUUUCUCUGAAGAACGAGGUGGGCUGUUUGGUCCGAGCGCUCCGAGUCUUCCAGGAGAAACGAGUGAACCUGAACCACAUUGAGUCUCGAGUGUCUCGGCGAGUCCUGGGCGAGGUGGAGAUCUUUGCCGACUGCAGCUGCAGCAAGAAGGAGUUCAACGAGCUGCUGCAGAUCCUAAGAGACCACGUCAACAUCGUGUCCUUUAACACAGCUGAACACACCUGGUCUGCUGAGGCAGAUGAAGAUGAGGUUCCCUGGUUCCCCAUGAAGAUCUCUGAGUUGGAUCAGUGUUCUCACAGAGUUCUGAUGUACGGAUCGGAGCUGGACGCUGACCAUCCUGGUUUUAAGGACGAAGUUUACCGUCAGAGGAGGAAAUACUUCGUGGAGGUGGCCAUGAAUUAUAAAUUCGGCCAGCCCAUCCCCUGUAUCGAGUACACCCCAGAGGAGGUGCGGACGUGGGGCGUGGUCUUCAGAGAGCUGACCAAACUGUACCCGACUCACGCCUGCAGAGAAUACCUGAAGAACCUGCCGCUACUCACCAAACACUGCGGCUACAGAGAGGAUAACAUCCCCCAGCUCGAGGACGUCUCCCUGUUUCUCAGAGAGCGUUCUGGUUUCACCGUGCGACCUGUGGCUGGUUACCUGUCUCCCAGAGACUUCCUGGCUGGUUUGGCUUACAGAGUGUUUAACUGCACUCAGUAUGUGAGACACAGCACGGACCCACUGUACACACCUGAGCCGGACACGUGUCACGAGCUGCUCGGGCAUGUUCCUUUGCUCGCCGAUCCAAAGUUUGCUCAGUUCUCUCAGGAGAUUGGCCUGGCCUCUCUGGGAGCGUCCGACGAUGACGUGCAGAAACUUGCCACGUGUUAUUUCUUCACCAUUGAGUUCGGUCUGUGUAAGCAGGACGGUCAGCUGAGAGCGUAUGGAGCCGGAUUACUGUCAUCUAUUGGAGAGCUGAGGCAUGCUUUGUCCGAUCAGGCGUGUGUGAAGAUGUUUGACCCUAGGUUGACCUGCAACCAGGAGUGUCUCAUCACGACCUUCCAGGAGGUUUACUUUGUGUCCGACAGCUUCGAGGAGGCCAAGGAGAAGAUGAGGGAGUUUGCGAAGACGAUCAAGCGUCCGUUCUCGGUGUACUACAACCCGUACACCCAGAGUAUAGACCUUCUCAAAGACACGCGCAGCAUCGAAAACGUGGUGCAGGACCUGCGCAGCGACCUCACCACCGUGUGCGACGCUCUGGGGAAGAUGAACACCUACAUGGGCAUCUGAGGCCACUCCCCCUCUGAGCUCUGAUUGCUCUCCUGAACAUCACACCUGUGUCCCUGUCUGAUGAUGAUGAUGGUGAUGAUGAUGAUGGUGAUGAUGAUGGUGGUGAUGAUGGUGAUGAUGAUGAUGAUGAUG